UAUGCAUGGAAUGGUGUUGAAAACUGGCCUUUAAAAGCCCUAAAAUGUGAAAUGUUGGUAAGAAGACAUUACAAUAUCUAAUCAGAAAGCUAAAAUAUAAAAUAAGUCUUUUAGUUGGCUUGAUGGUAAAGGUUUUUAAUAAAUUUAUACAGAAGCAGAAAUCAAGCAAAGGAGUAGAUACUAAUCAAUUGCAUCUGCUAAAACCAGGUUUCAUUUAGUAAAAUGUUUGAUAAGGAAUGGAUAUUCUUGCAUAUAUUCUUUUUAUUUUGUCUGACUAUAUUGACAUUUCUCCAGAGAUGACUACCCAUGAUUACUUGCGUCAGGACUACCGGAUGGUCCAUGGUGUUCCCAUGACCCAUGCAUUCUCUUUUGACUGGGAUAGAAUUGAUAAUUUCCAGAGCAGGCCAGAUGAUAUUGUUAUAUCCACAUAUCCCAAAUCUGGCACAACAUGGAUAAGUGAAAUUGUGGAUAUGAUUCUGAAUGAUGGUGAUCCUGACAAAUGCAAAAGAGAUGCUAUUUUCAAUAAAGUGCCUAUGUUAGAAUUUGUUGUCCCAGGGAAGAUGCCAGCAGGCACAGAGCAGUUAGCUCAGAUGCCCUCUCCUCGCAUGGUGAAGACCCACCUUCCAGUGAACCUGCUUCCCAAGUCUUUCUGGGACAAUGGCUGCAAGAUGAUCUAUAUGGCUCGCAAUGCAAAGGAUGUUGCUGUCUCCUUUUAUCACUUUGACUUGAUGAACAAGCUACAUCCAGAUCCUGGCUCCUGGGGUGACUACCUGGAGAAAUUCAUGGCAGGAAGAAUAAUCUUUGGCUCCUGGUUCAAUCAUGUGAAAAGCUGGUGGAAUAAGAGGAAUGAUCACCCCAUGAUAUACUUAUUUUAUGAGGACAUGAAAGAGGAUCCAAAGCGUGAGAUUAAGAAAAUCAUACAUUUCUUGGGAAAGAACCUUGACAAAUCAGUUGUGGAUAAGAUUGUCUAUCACACAUCUUUUGAUAUGAUGAAGAACAAUCCUAUGACAAACUACAGGAUGGCUCCAGCUGCUGUAAUGGAUCAUAGUAUCUCCCCAUUCAUGCGAAAGGGAAUUGCUGGAGACUGGAAGAAUUACUUUACGGUGGCUCAGAAUGAGGCAUUUGAUGAGGACUAUAAGAAGAAAAUGGCAGAUACAACAUUGCAAUUCCGAAUGGAGAUCUGAGGCUCCUGUUAGCUGUGACAGAAUUGCUGCUUUUCUGCAGUUCCAUAUAGGAUAUGUCAUUUAGUACAGUGUUUUGGACUGUUGCAAGUCCUUGAUUUUAAAAGAAAAAGCAGAUUCUGACUUGGCAGGUUGCAGAAAAUAUGUACAUGGAUUUGGCAAAUGCUUUCAGACUAAAGGGCAAGAAUGUUUUGUGA